GUACGAUGGGAUAGGAGUAACCUUUACCAAAUAUGAUGAUGAUCUGUCACAAAAAGGCAAUUAACUGUCACUAGAAGUUACAAGUUUUUGGCUAUAUAAGGAAGGGUCUUUUGUGAAGAAGAAGAAGCAGGCUCUCUUUCUGGAUUUCCAAAGUCUUUUAAGAACACUUUGGAGAAAGGAAAGAUCAUGGAGGGUAAGCUGAGUCCUACCGUCGCUGAUGCUGUAGAUUACAAGGGUUUUCCAGCAGAUAGAGCGAAAACCGGUGGUUGGGUGCCUGCUGCUCUCAUCUUAGGAAUCGAAAUAUGUGAGAGGCUUUCAACAAUGGGAAUAGCAGUAAACCUGGUGACAUAUUUAGGUGGAACCAUGCAUCUGUCGAGCUCAGCUUCAGCCAAUGUCGUCACUGAUUUUAUGGGCACUUCUUUCCUUUUGUGCCUUCUUGGAGGCUUUUUAGCUGACACUUUUCUUGGCAGAUUCAAAACAAUUCUCAUUUUUGCCUCUAUACAAACUCUGGGUACAUGCGGGUUGGCAUUGUCGACCAAGCUACCACAACUCAAACCACCACCAUGCCACUCAUCUGAGAACUGUAAAGAAGCAAAUGGUCUACAAAUGGGAAUCUUGUAUCUCGCAUUGUAUUUGAUCGCCAUCGGGACAGGCGGCUUGAAAUCGAGUGUGUCCGGAUUCGGGACAGACCAAUUCGAUGAAAAGAACGAAGAAGAAAAGACACAAAUGGCUUAUUUCUUUAAUAGGUUCUUCUUCUUCAUAAGUUUGGGAACCUUAAUGGCGUGUACUGUGCUAGUGUACAUACAGGAUGAAGUGGGUAGAAGUUGGGCUUAUGGGAUUUGUUCGGUCUCUAUGUUCACUGCAAUAUUGGUGCUUUUUUAUGGGACUAAACGGUACCGUUACAAAAAGAGUCAGGGAAGCCCAAUUGUUCAAAUCUUGCAAGUGAUUGUUGGGGCGAUAAAGAAGAGAAGGAUGAAUCUUCCUUAUGAUUCUGGCUUGUUGUAUGAGAAUACUUCAGAGGGUUCAAGGAUUCAUCACACAAAUCAGUUUCGUUGCUUGGACAAGGCUGCAAUAGUAGCUGAAGGCGACUUCGAGAAGAACAGUUCAAAUGCUCAUAACCCAUGGAAGCUGUGCACAUUAACAAGGGUCGAGGAAGUGAAGAUGAUGAUUAGGCUAUUGCCAGUGUGGGCAACCACAAUCCUCUUCUGGACAACUUACGCCCAAAUGAUCACCUUCUCCGUCGAACAAGCCGCCACGAUGCACCGAACCGUCGCAGGCUUCCAAAUCCCCGCAGGCUGCCUCACCGUCUUCUUCGUCCUCGCCAUCUUACUCUCCUGCGCCUUCUACGACUGCCUGAUCAUUCCCUUAUGGAAGAAAUGGAAAGGCACACCCGGGUUCACUGAUUUACAACGAAUCGCGUUAGGCCUCGCGCUCUCGACGCUAGGAAUGGCCGCAGCCGCAGUCUUCGAGGUUAAACGAUUAUCCGUAGCGAAACACCACCCUGUAUCCACUUCGGAGCCGCUGCCGAUCAGUGUGUUCAUCUUGAUUCCACAGUUUUUUCUUGUGGGGUCUGGUGAGGCUUUUAUUUACACUGGUCAGCUUGAUUUCUUCAUCACUCGGUCGCCAAAAGGGAUGAAAACAAUGAGCACUGGUUUGUUUUUAACAACGUUGUCAUUAGGGUUUUUCAUGAGCAGUUUGUUGGUGUCUAUAGUUAAGAAGGUUACUGGACACAAUGGUGGAAGUGGGUGGCUUGCUAAUAAUAUUAACAAUGGAAGGCUUGAUUUGUUCUAUGGGUUGUUGACGGUUUUGUGCAGUAUAAAUUUUGUGGUUUAUUUGGUGUGUGCAGCUUGGUGCAAGAAGGAGAAGGAUCAAUCAUCAGCUAAAAUUGAAAUGGAAAAGUGUUAAAAGAGUUUGAAUUUUGAUAGUCAUAUUUUAUAGUUGUGUGAUUUCUAUUUCUCUUUGUUUUUCUUGUUGGAAAUGUAAAAAGAAUAUAAAUAAAAAGUGUGAUGCUUAAUACAAAUUAAAUUUGAGUUGUA